UCUGGCCCCUGCAGUUAAGUCAGAAGGCUUUACCUGCUGUAGUGAAAGGGCCUUCCUGUGUGGGCAUUGCUGCCUCUGCAACAUGGACUCACAGCACUGCAAAAUGAAUGGUGACUCUUUCCAGGAAUCUAGCUACAUUGAAGACUCCCCCAGUAAAAAUGGUGUGAUUUCUUUGAUUUUCUCUCUGAAAGAAGAAGUCGGGGCAUUGGCUAAAGUCCUGCGCACAUUUGAGGAAAAAGGUAUAAACUUGACCCACAUUGAGUCCCGACCUUCACGUCUCAACAAAGAUGAGUAUGAAUUCUUCAUUAACUUGGAAGGCAAGAAUGUCCCAGCACUGGACAAGAUCAUCAAGUCCUUGAGAAGUGACAUUGGAGCAACAGUCCAUGAGCUCUCACGAACAAAGAAGAAGGACACUGUACCGUGGUUCCCAAGAAGUAUCCAAGAGCUGGACAGGUUUGCCAAUCAGAUCCUAAGCUAUGGAGCAGAAUUGGAUGCUGAUCAUCCUGGGUUCAAAGAUCCUGUGUACCGGGCCCGGAGGAAGGAGUUUGCGGACAUCGCCUACAACUACAGACAUGGCCAACCUAUUCCUCGUGUCACCUAUACGGAAGAAGAAAAGAAAACUUGGGGCACUGUCUUCAGGGAGCUGAAGAGUCUGUAUCCAACUCAUGCUUGCUAUGAACACAACCACGUGUUCCCACUGCUGGAGAAGUACUGUGGCUACAGGGAGGACAAUAUUCCCCAGCUUGAAGAUAUUUCAAAUUUCUUGCAGAGCUGCACUGGGUUUCGGCUGCGUCCUGUUGCAGGCUUGCUCUCGUCUCGGGAUUUCCUGGCUGGGCUGGCGUUCCGAGUGUUCCACUCCACGCAGUACAUCCGCCACGCCUCCAAGCCCAUGUACACCCCAGAGCCUGAUAUUUGUCAUGAGCUGCUAGGACAUGUACCUCUUUUUGCUGAUCCCAGUUUUGCUCAGUUUUCCCAGGAAAUUGGACUGGCAUCUCUGGGAGCUCCAGAUGAUUUCAUCGAGAAACUUGCUACGGUAUAUUGGUUUACAGUUGAGUUUGGACUUUGUAAGGAAGGAGAUUCCCUCAAGGCUUAUGGUGCAGGGCUGCUGUCUUCAUUUGGGGAGCUGCAGUAUUGUUUAUCAAGUAAGCCUGAGAUUCAGCCUCUUGUCCUGGAGAAGACUUCUGUGCAGAAGUACUGUGUUACUGAGUUCCAGCCUGUCUACUAUGUUGCUGAAAGUUUUAAAGAUGCAAAAGAAAAGCUAAGGAAAUUUGCUCAAACAAUCCCUCGUCCUUUCUCUGUUCGGUAUAAUCCCUACACACAGAGGAUUGAAGUCUUGGACAAUGCAAAGCAGCUGAAGAACUUAGCUGACACGAUCAAUAGUGAGAUUGGGAUCCUUUGCAAUGCCCUCCAGAAGAUCAAAUGAAGAUUUGCUGUAAUGGUGUAAUGUAGUGACUAGAAGCUAUGAUGUGCAAGUGCCAGUCUUGAUCUAGCCUCAGUAUAUUAUCUUCCAGUGAACUGCAUCAAUAAUUAUGUUAUAUAUCUUAAUUAUUAGAGAUUAACAGAUAAACAGACAUCUAUGGGUGACCCUCAACUCUUCUGGCCUUCAGACACUAAUCCAUUUUUUUCUUACUGAUGUAUAAAAAUGACCUUAUUCCUGGGAACCUGGGGGAAGUCUGUAUAUGUUUUGUGCCAAAGGUUAGCAGAAGGAGAUCUUCACCAUGCAGAGCAUAAUGUGCUGCUCCUGUGAGGUCUGGGACCAGGGAUGGGAUGUCAAAGAUGAACAGAGUAAUCUACCUUGCCUUCUCUCACAGUCACUCUCCACUCAGUGCCUCCCAGUUUUCCAAGGUUCCCAUGUGUCUGGAACUCUACACCUUUCAGGGUACAAGGGAAGAUUUUUGUUAACAGGCAUACUCAGCUACUCAUGGUGGAUUGCUGAUGUGUGAAGGCUACAUUUUUUCUGUGUAUGUCCUUUCCUGAGAGGUGUCUCUUAUUUUUCUAGUCUCACAACCUAGAAGGUGGAUACCAGCACCUUGGAAAAUGAGAGGAAGUGCCUGUUACAAUGUAGCUGAAGAUGUUCGAGCCUUCCAGCUCCUAACUCACUGUAUCUUGGCUUGAGUCCCCACCAAAGGCAUGGAAAGCCUGGGUCAGCUGUGCCCCAGUCUAAGUACAUUCAAACCCAAACAUAUUAUCUUUCAAGACAGGUCCUAAGUAACGAUACCUUUUUGUAUCUCCACUGCCCAUCUGAGCU